AUGCAAGAUGGAGACAUCCUGGCCUCCAGUUUCCCUGUAGACACUCAGGUCGCCUACAUUCUCAGCCUGGGAGUGGUCAAGGAAUUCAGAAAACAUGGGAUAGGCUCCCUACUGCUGGACAGUUUGAAGGAGCACAUUUCCACCAUGGCUCAGGAUCACUGUAAGGCCAUCUACUUACAUGUGCUGACCACCAACAACACUGCCAUCCAUUUCUAUGAAAACAGGGACUUUCGGCAACACCACUACCUACCCUACUACUACUCCAUACGCGGCGUGCUCAAAGAUGGAUUCACAUAUGUGCUCUAUAUAAAUGGAGGACAUCCGCCCUGGACUAUAUUUGACUACAUCCAGCACAUUGGUUCAGCCCUGGCCAGCCUGAGCCCUUGCUCUAUUCCCCAGAGGCUGUACCGCCAGGCCCAGUCCCUGCUGCGCAGCCUGCUGCCCUGGUCCAACAUCGCCUCCAAGACCGGCAUACAGUACAGCAGAACCAUGUGACACACCAGGCAUGCAGUGCAGUAUGAUGUUUCACACUAGUCUUCCCCUGUGCACACAGGACCACCAUCACUCACUCUUAUCCCUGCAAAGACUAAGGGUUCAAACCCUGCCUCUCUUCCUACCCUGUUCAACCACCAACUAUGUAUUAUAGCUGUACAUUUCAUAUAUACUCUUAAUAUAAAUCCACACAUAUAUAUAUAUAUAUAUGUGUGUAAAAGCUGUCAGUAGUUGGCCCCUUUGCCCUUCUGUGUAGACUAAAAUGUCUACCAGGGUUUAAGUCAAUUCCAUUUCCACUCACCAAGCUAAAAUUGGAAAGAGCUGUUUGUCAAAAGUCUUAUUAUAAAAGUCUAAGUUAAAUGGGGAGCUUAUGUUUAUUCCAGUUUAUGCUCUGAAAUGAAAUGGAAUUGACCCCAACCCUGCAGUCUAUUUCAUGUCUGUAAUUUUGCUGCUAAUGUAGAGAACCAGAGUUUGGUUUGUCCAGAUUUUUAAUAUAGUUGAGAUUAGAUUUUUAUGUAUGCCUGUUUAUAAUAGAAUUUCAAAAAGAUAAUGGUAGGUGAUGUCCCAUUACUAGAUGAAUGCCCUGUGUGUAUGUGGGUGCAUGUGUGUUUGUGUGUGUGUGUGUGUGUUAUAAAGAUUGUGAGUGUGUAUGCACAUGAAAAGUAUGACUGUUUUUUAAAGGUGUCUCUAAACACUGGUCUGUGGUCAACCUGGUCUCCAGUCUAAUUGUGGGGCAGGUUAAAGUCUAAGGGGAUAGGCUGCUCCUGGAUCUGUGUUCUGUGGCAGCUUUCACCCCUUUCAUCCUCAACCAUCAUCCCUGUGAGAUUGUUUUAUAAUGCAACCCACAGCCUUGGUUCUGAUACAUGCCAUUAUUGUUUCUACAAUUCACAGCUCUGUGGAGUAAAUGUAAUGUUUCUGAAUGGAAUUGGGAAGUGUUCUUGGAAUAAUGAAUGUAAAAUUGAAGCAGUGAGGUAAAUGCCGGAAGGUCUCUUAGUCCGUCUCUCUUGUCAGUCCAUACUGUCUAUUCUGUGCCUGUUUGUGAAGACUUGCAGGGUGUUUGUCCCAGACCCAGUACCUACACACCUGAUCCAAAUGUUUAUACUGCUACAUUUGAUUGGUUAGUGGAAUCAAAUAAUCAAGGGCUUAAUGAUUGUGAAUAGGAAGGCCCACGAUCAGGUAUGGUAGGGCUGUGUCAGCGUAACAAUUUGAAUACCCUCCAUGUUACCAGAAUCCCAACUGAAGAACACUAAAUAACAAUAACUUCUGAACUAAUAAUAGUUCAGAAGGUGAUCAUGGAUUGAUUGGUUAUUGUAACUUAUGCAUCUGGUAGGAUUACUGUAGGUAAAGAGAAGUAUUCCUAUGGUUGUCUUAAGGUUGAGGGCAAAGUCUGCAAUGAGUGUGGUUUAGAAAACGCCCUAAUUUAAAUACAGCCAAAUAUGGGCCAACUGCUGUGCAUUAACUGGCAUUUAAAUGUGUCAUUUGAGAGGUACACAUUGUGUUCACUUGGAUGUAGGUAAUGUACAUGAAAAUACUAUGUAAUUUUCUCAGUGGGUCAUGAUAUGAGGGGAUUUUAAAGUAAUGUUUGUGAUUAUACCUUUUCAACUGUUUCCUUUACAUGAUUUUUUUUGUUUUCUAACUGCUGUCUUUUAGUAAGUAAGACGAAGUAAGACGAGGAUAGGACACUGCAUGAAACACCGGAUUUUCAGCCCUGUGAAAGCCUGACACCUUCACUAAAUACCAACAGUUACAGCUUGUGAAGUCCUGUGAAAGCCUGCCACCUUCACCAAAUCCAAACAGUUACAGUCUGUGAAGUCCGCGUUCGCCUGUGCCAUAAAUUGUCGAGAACGAAUCACUGGAGGUGGCAAAGGUGUGAAUCUAACUAUGAAGGCCGGAGUCUGUGUGUGUCUGUGACUCGAUUAUCUUGAGAACCGGGUAUCGUGUGAAAUUGAAUCCCGCCAGGUGUAUUGCUCUGGACCCAAGGACGAGCAGUGUCGACCUUGAAGUUGUUUGAAUGAGCAGUUCAUGACAAAUAAAUAUAACCAUGUUUGCCUCCAUGUUGAGCUCCAUUAAGCGAUGGAGCCAUGAAUCUUGUGAGAAACACAGAAAUGCAUUCACUGCCAACUGACACUAUUGCACCAAUGGGCACUGCUCUUGGGACUCUUAGAAUCUGAAAAGCAGUGAAAUCACCUGGAUAUAACUUGCC